CACACUUAUCAACAUAUAUUUUAAUCUCAUCAAAAUAAUCAUGUCAAGCAAUGACUCAAUGUACGUAAUAGUCAAUCCCGAUGGUACAUACACUCGGCCAGAAAUCUUCCCGGCCUGUCUUCCCACACCUGACCACAACUCGGACACCCCGGUGCUCAGCAAAGAUGUAACGAUCAACGAUGUUAACAAAACCGGGGUUCGAAUUCAUAUCCCCAAAAAAACAAUAACAAGCUCUGGAUCUCAAGUAGAAAAGCUUCCUCUCAUCGUUUACUACCAUGGUGGUGGCUUUGUUAUCAUGAGUCCAUCUACAAAAGUCGUGCACGACUUUUGUGAUGAACUGGCAGCACGGCUAUGUGCUGUGGUGGUGUCAGUCGAUUACAGACUGGCACCUGAACACCGUCUUCCUGCAGCAUAUGAAGACGGUGUAGAGGCUUUACAUUGGGUAAAGUCAAGCCAAGAUCCAUGGCUAACAAAAUUUGCUGAUUUAUCUAAUUGUUACUUAAUGGGUACUAGUGCUGGUGCAAACCUAGCGGGCCAUGCAGGGUUACGUUCAUCUAAAGAAAUUCAUGAGCUCGAGCCCAUACGAAUAAAAGGGGUAAUAUUUCACAAUGUGUUUGUAGGAGGUGAGGAUCGAACUGAAUCAGAUAUCCGGCUUGCUAAUGCCGAGCUUUUUACUCUACCAACAAGUGAUAUGUUUUGGCAUUUGUGUCUCCCUGUUGAUGCGAGUCGUGACCAUGAGUAUUCUAACCCGAUGAUGGGUGGUGGCCCGGAUGGUUUGGACCGGGCCAAGGAAUUGGGUUGGACAGUGAUGAUGGUUAUUCGUAAUGAUGAUUUAAUGUAUGAUCGUCAAGUAGCGUUUGCGAAGUCUUUGGAGUUGAAAGGUAUAGAGACUAAGUAUUUCUAUGGAGAUGGGGAACAUGGGAUUGAAUAUUUUGACAAAGAUAAAGCCAAAGAGUUGUUUGAGGCCAUAUCAAGUUUCAUAUCUUCUAUUAAUCUCAAUACAUAAAGAU